GACCCAUUCACUCAGCCGGCAAUUGACGUGAGCUAUUUCUUCGUUUACUGGGACCUAGAUGUCCAGAUCACCAGCUCCCGUAUGUCUCGUACUAUUCUUACCAGUCCUCCACUCAGCGACCUCUCGACCGGCGACUCUAUCCCGGGAAAAUCAGGUCCCGAGGAUGGCGGCAGCGAAGAGGAUUGGAGAUCGUGUACUACCAGUGGCUUCGCGGCGGUGUCACACUCAAUUGGCUCACUGGCCAUGAUAAAACGUAACCUUGGUGGUGCGUUGAAAGUUUCUUUUUGA